AUGAUGACCAUGACUACGAUGGCUGACGGUCUGGACGCUCAGGACUCGACCAAGUCUGCUUUCAUGGAGUUUGGGCAGCAGUCGCAGUCACAGCAGAGCUCCCCGUCGAUGGCCAGCGGCCACUACCCGCUGCACUGUCUGCACUCCAGCUCACACGCUCACCACCAGCACGACAACAGCACGUCCUACCCCGGGACCAACACCUACAACAGGUCCUUACCUUACCCUUACGUGAGCCAUCCGCACCACAGCCCUUACCUGCCAUCGUAUCACAACAACACGGGAGGACAGACAAGGUUAGACGGCACAGAACAGCAGAAAACGACAGUGAUUGAAAAUGGGGAAAUUCGAUUUAAUGGCAAAGGGAAAAAGAUUCGCAAACCUCGGACGAUUUACUCCAGUUUGCAGCUUCAAGCACUGAACCACCGAUUCCAGCAAACACAGUACCUCGCUUUACCGGAACGGGCCGAGCUGGCAGCUUCUCUAGGACUAACACAAACCCAGGUAAAGAUUUGGUUCCAGAACAAGAGGUCCAAAUUUAAGAAGCUUCUCAAGCAGGGUGGCAACCCCCACGACAGUGACCCAAUGCCGGGCUCCAUGUCCCUCUCCCCGCGGUCCCCGACCAUCCCUCCAAUAUGGGACGUCUCUGCCUCUUCCAAAGGAGUGAACAUGCCAGCCAACAGCUACAUGCCCGGGUACUCUCACUGGUAUUCCUCCCCACACCAGGACUCCAUGCAGAGAUAGACCGAAGAGGACAGGAGGUCCACAGACUGUCCGUUAAGAGGCCUGCGCAUAUCUCCGCCAUGCAGUUUCCAACGUAGCGACUGGAUGCUGGAGAGGAGGCAGGAAUAAAUCAGCGCCUGCAGCGCUGCGUCUCUGCCUCAGGACAAAAAGCGCAGCCAAGCCUCGGUGUGGUGGUGACACAACCAAGGGGGAACUAACCAUUUCAUUUCUAGCGUAACAUGGCUGUUCAGUGAGCUCGCAUAUCUGUUAUGCUUUCAUUCAUGUCAACAUCUGAACGUCAAUAUACCAAAUAUUAUACCAGUGACAUUUUUAGCCACUUUGGACAAAGGCUGCUCACACUGUCGGUGCGCAGUGGCGCACAGAAGAACCUUAUGCCGUGGUGGACUCCUUGACUGCUUUCCAUGGUUGUUUCUCCAACAUGCAAAACCAAGCAACUUGUCUGUCUGUAAAUAUAAUCUGCGGUUUUAGUUGUACAUACACUUUUUAUGUUUUGUCAGAUUGAGUAAACCGUGACUCAAAACAGACGCCUGCUGUUGCAUUAAUUUCCCAAAACAUUAAGAUCGU